AGACGGGUUGACGUCAGGGUUUGCAUUUACAUGGAUCCCGAAAACGCUUUCUGAUGUAGUCUACUCUCGUAAUUAGCUCCCGUAUGGAAUGGAUGACAUAUCGGAAGCUCAGGCUAUUCCUGUAAGACCUGAGCCGCAUCCGCUCCCGGUCACAUACACAAACAACCAACAGGGAAUCAGGGAGUGCCUUUUUUGGUUGAUUUUCUUUUACGGAGAAAUAGUCUACAGAGGCUCGAGAGGGAGAACAUACGAAAACUCCUUACUGAUAUGGCUGAGGCGAAUAUCUCGGUAACAGAGAGCCAGUUUAGGUGCCCUAUUUGCCUGGAUAUCUUGAAGGAUCCGGUGUCCAUUCCGUGCGGACACACCUACUGCAUGGCAUGCAUGACCUGUUAUUGGGACCAAACCGAACUUGGUCACUACAGUUGUCCGCAAUGUCGGGAAGAGUUCAUACCUCGACCGGUGCUACGGCGGAACACGGUGCUACAAGAAGUAGUGGACAAACUCAAACUGAACGAACUGGCUACGGCGCCGGAGUUGUAUCUAGGCGGUGUAGGGGACGUUCCGUGCGACUUCUGCCCGGUUCAGAACAAACUGAAAGCGCUCAAGUCGUGUCUGGUGUGCUUGGCGUCUUUCUGCGAGCUCCACAUCUUGCCGCACCGCGACGUGGGGACGUUGCGACGGCAUAAACUUGUUGCCGCGGUGGAGAGCUUGGCGGAAAGGCUGUGCGCGCAGCACCGUUUGGGCCUGGAGCAUGGCGGCGGCGACGGGGGCGAUGCGGUGGAGUGGAGUGGCGACUGUAUGCUGUGCGAGUCUGACCAAGAGGAACUGCACAGCAUCGACGAGCAAAGGGCGCGGCAACAGGUUCAGUUGCAGGAUUCUCGGAGGUCAGUACAGGGAAGGAUCAGGAAUAGAGAGAGGGAGCUGGAAGAGUUUCAACAGAGCAUAGAGGCCGUCAAGGCAUCAGCUGCAUUAGUCCUGGAGGACAGCAAUACCCUGUUUGUGGACCUGGCCCUCCGUCUGGAGAGGACCAGGGGGGAGGUGAGGGCCAGGCUGGAAGCCCGGGAGAGAACUGUCCUGGGCAGGGCAGAGAGAGAGCUGGAGACCCUGGAGAAUGAACUGGAGGAGCUGCGGAGGAGAGACAAGGAAAUGGGCCAGCUACUGACGAGGGAUAAUGCUCAGUUCUUACAGGAGGCUCCCCUGCUGUGUGUCCUCCCACCCACUGGGCGGCGCCCCCGAGCCCCUCUCAUCCUCCCCGCAGAAGGCUUCAGUGCAGCCCGCAGAGCUCUGUCCCACCUCAGGGCCCGCAUGGAGGAACUCUGUAGAGAGGAAGUGGACAAGAUCAGCCACGCAGUGAACGAGAGCUCCUCUGCCUGUCACAUGUCUGGUGGAGAGUGUUUGAAAGCAGUGCCUGCAUCGUUUCCUCUCUCCCCCCUCUCUCUCCAGCCUUCGGACCAGAGGAUGAGAGUAUCCUUCCUCAGGUGCUCCUGUCGUCUGUCCCCGGACCCAGACACUGUCCACCCCCACCCUGGUCUUCCUGAUGGUCCCGAUGGAUCUCUCACUCACUUAUCCUUAACCCCCUCCUCUCUCUCUCCAGGCUCCUGUCGUCUGUCCCUGGAUCCAGACACGGCCCACCCCACCCUGUUCCUCUUGGAGGGUCCCCAGGGGGCUCACUGUGGAGAGGAGCCCCAGUCCUACCCCCUCCAGCCCUUGCGCUUCGACUCCGUGGCCCAGGUCCUCUGUAGGGAGGGCCAGUUUGGAGGGGCCAGCUACUGGGAGGUGGAGUGGAGGGGAGGAGGGUGGGUGGACAUUGGGGUGACGUACAAAGGGAUCGGACGAAAAGGAGGUGGAAAACCCUGUCUGCUGGGACGCAACGAGAACUCAUGGCGUCUGAGAUGCACGCACGCCGGUUACGCCGCGUGGCACGAUAACCGGAAGACGACCGUAGCUGCGCCCCUGUGCCCGCGGAUCGGCGUGUUUCUGGAACACCAGAAGGGAGCGUUGUCGUUCUAUAGUGUGGCGUCGGACUCCGUUUCCCUGCUCCACACGUUCAGGUGUCCGUUCUCUCAGCCACUGUACCCAGCGUUUCGGUUAGACCUGGACUCCACACUGUUGAUAUGUCCACAUGAAACACACAACGGGAACUAACCUCUUCCCAUCUGUUUCUGGAUCUCUUAUUUUGACCCAAUGGGAACUCUUCCUACUGCCGAAUAAAUACCAUUGAUUACAUGUAAACACAAAUGUGUUUUUCUGCCCCAGAAAGGACCCAACAUGAACCCUGCUCUUUACUGCUCCCUGACAUCUCUCUUUCUGAACACCUUCUCUUCACCCAAUGGGAACCCAUCCUAGACCCCAAACCUAACUCUGCUGCCCUCUCUCUUUCUGAACACCUUCUCUUCACCCAAUGGGAACCCAUCCUAGACCCCAAACCUAACUCUGCUGCCCUCUCUCUUUCUGAACACCUUCUCUUCACCCAAUGGGAACCCAUCCUAGACCCCAAACCUAACUCUGCUGCCCUCUCUCUUUCUGAACACCUUCUCUUCACCCAAUGGGAACCCAUCCUAGACCCCAAACCUAACUCUGCUGCCCUCUCUCUUUCUGAACACCUUCUCUUCACCCAAUGGGAACCCAUCCUAGACCCCAAACCUAACUCUGCUGCCCUCUCUCUUUCUGAACACCUUCUCUUCACCCAAUGGGAACCCCUCCUAGACCCCCAAACCUAACUCUGCUGCCCUCUCUCUUUCUGAACACCUUCUCUUCACCCAAUGGGAACCCAUCCUAGACCCCAAACCUAACUCUGCUGCCCUCUCUUGUUAUGGCCAGAACCCUGCUUUAGCGUUGCCAGGUACCUCUACUCCUCCACUGUGUUUUUUAAAUGAACCUCCUAAAAGCUACAACCAACAACUGAUUGUUUACUCAUUGCUGUUGCUCUACAUUUCAGUCAUUUAGCACACACUCUUAUCCAGGGCAACGUACAGGAGCAAUUAAGGUUAAAUGCCUUACUCAAGGGCACAGCGACAGAUUUUUUUCACUUAGUCAGCUCUGGGAUUUAAACCGGGCAACCUUUCAGUUACUAGCCCAACACUCUUAACCGCUAGGCUACGUGCCUCCCUGAAAUAUCAACUCAAGGUGUCAACUCAGCAUAGGUCCACGGUAAGGGAUUAAUCAUUUACAUUGACAUCAAUCAAUCAUUUUUUAAGUAUCGAUGCCAAAAAACUCUAAUCUCUAACCUCUAAAAACCUCUGCGCUCAACUCUGUGGAGGCGUUGUGUUACUUGGAUAGCCUUACCUCGGCCUAUCACAAGUCACCAAACUAGUGAUGCUGAAAAGACAAUGUUGUUGUGUAAGGAGAGUCUGAACUGAGCAGCAUAUUCUAUGCAUGGCCUCUCCAUUCAAAUAUCAUUCACAAUGUGACCCUAUUGUAAACAGAGACUUCACUUCAGCAGCCAUGAAGCCAUCUUGAUCAAUCAUCCUAUUCUAUUGAUCACUGUGACUGUUACUUAACAAUAACAUCAUGUGAAACAUUGCAAUGUAGCCGAAUGUGGAAUGUAGCUAUUUCAAAAUACUAUUAGUUGGAAAGGCUUUGAAUGCCAUUAUAUCAUCAUGAAGGGACAUUGAAGUAUAGUAUAAAUAUGUAUUUGCUAUAAAGUGCAUUAUUUCAUGAGUUAUAGUGGGAUAAACUAUGCUGGGUAGCCUAUGGUUUCUAUGGCCCCAUCUCUCUCUACCUCCCCAUUCCUUCAAUAAUUUAUUUCUCUGUGACUAUUACAAUGAAUGUGUAGCUUUAGUCAUGUGGGCUGUGUAACUGUGACUGUCUUCAAUAAACCAAUUAUACAUUUUCAAUCUCAA